AUGCCCGAUGAACCCAGCACCUCGGAGUGGCGACUUGAUGCUGACCGCAUCAAAACCGGUCAAGCACAGCAGAUUGCCCAAGCCUGGCAAAAGCACAAACGUGACCAGGAGCUGAUUUCCAAGGGUGAUGUUCAUGCGGUGAUGCAAGCUGAAUGGAUGGGUGAGAUGGAAUCAUGCCUCAAUGAAUGUUUUGUCUCCUCACUUGUCCUGGCCCCUGGACUUCGGCCACCCCCUGAGCCUGACGGCGUCUUUGUCUCUGAGGUUUUCACGACAGUUCAGAGAAUCAUCAAGGAAGCCGCCAACAAAGGCCAUUCAGUUGGCUCUGCCAUGUCACUUGAGACUGGUUGGAAUUUUCUGAAAGCAGCUGACCGCAAAGCUGCGAAGGAGGUGGUCAUGAAGGAAAAGCCUUAUUUGCUGGCUUUAGCAUUUCCCUGUGGACCUUGGUCUGCUUUGAUGAGAUUGAAUCCGUCCAAAGACCUUGCCCUACGGCGUGCUGAAGGACGUGUUCUCAUCAAGUUUGCAAUCGAGUUAGCCGAGCUGCAGCUUCGACAUGGCAGGCAUUUUCUUUUGGAAAACCCAUUGACAGCGGAGUCAUGGAGCCUGGCAGAGCUGAAGCGUUUUCUUCGGCGACUUGAAUGCCACCAAGCAGUUUUCGAUCAGUGCCGUUUCAAGCUGCGUGGGCCAUCUGGACUUUUGCACAAGAAGCCCACGAAGGUUGUCACCAGCUCAGAGAAGAUAGCUGAUCGCUUGGAUGGCAAACGAUGCAACAAAGACCAUGAGCAUGAACAUGUGAUGGGAGGAUCACGUGUCACCGCUGCUGCAGGACUUUACACCAAAGAGCUGGCACGUGAGAUCAUCAAGGGCUUGGAGGAAGAGUUUGAAAAGACCUAUGGAUGUGGCUUCAUCCAUGAGAUCUUGGCAGUUGAUGGAGCUGAAACUGAUGGAGACCUUGAAGAAGCUUUGGAUCGCGAAGUCGAUCCCCCAAUGGAAUUUAGAGACAUCGAUGAAAGUGACGAUGAAGCUCAAGUUCUACCAGCAAACAUGAAAGUUUCAGCGGCGGUCAAAGAAGCCGUGAAGAAGCUUCACUGCAACACUGGCCAUCGCUCCAAUAGGCGAUUGGCUCGUUCACUCGCCAUUGCGGGUGCGCCACCUGAGGCGAUAGCAGCCGCCAAAACGCUUCAAUGCUCCAUAUGCCAAGAGAGACGUCCUCCACGUGCCCGACGUCCUGCCACCUUGCCUACGCCAAAAGAUGCUGGAGACCAAGUUCACAUCGAUCUCUUUGAGUUGCAUGAUUUGGCUGAGAACCGUUUUUAUGUUGCCCAUGCGAUCGACAGUGUCAGCAAAUUUCAAAUGGCUGAAGUGCUCAAGGACAAAUCUGCUGACGCUGUGGUGAACUUCAUGGUUCGCCGAUGGAUGCCAAUCUUCGGCCCUCCGAGAGUUUUGGUGGCGGAUCAGGGACGUGAAUUCAUUUCUUGGAAGUUUGAAGAAAUGGCUGCACAGCACUCAAUUUUGCUGUGGCAUACGGCAGUGCAAGCCCCCUGGCAGAAUGGUGUCUGUGAGAAAGGUGGUGGAAUUUUGAAAGCCAUCGCAACAGCAGUCAUCAAAAGCCAAUCCUUGCUUGGAGCUGACGAUGUCGACCUAGCCGUUCAAGAAGCAGUCAUGGCCUACAACAGCGACAUCAAUGAAGCUGGUGUCACACCGGCGCAGGCUGCAUUGGGCCGUCAGCCCAGGAUGAUUGGUGAUGUUUUGGGUGAUUUUGGACAGCGGUUGUCCGAGCAUGGUUUGGUCGAAUGCCGACCCUCAUUUGCCAGACAAGUUGCAAUGCGUGAAGUUGCCAAGCUUGCCAUGCUGAGGUUGCAUUUUUCAAGAGGUUUGAGAAGAGCUGAAAUGGCCAGGUCACGCACUCCAACUGUGACCGAUGCCCAAGCCUUGCAGCCUGGUAUGAUAGUUUACUACUACCGCAUGAGCAAAUACAACAGCAAGACAGGUCCUUCGAAGCGCAAGCUCAGCCUGAAGCGUUGGCAUGGUCCUGGACUUUUAGUGGCCAUGGAAGGACACAGCAACUGUUUCAUUUCCCACAAGGGUCAACUUGUCAAAGCUGCAAUUGAGCAUGUUCGCAAAGCCUCCACUAUGGAGCAAAUCACCAUGGAAGAGUGGGAGUCUGCGAUACAAGAUGUUGUGGAAGCUGCAAUGAAUGACCGAGACGGUGGAGUUCAAGGCCCUCUAGUGGUUGAGCCUCCUGUUGAAGGUGGAGAAGCCUAUGCUGACCAAGGUGCUGCCAAUCAACCUGCCGAAGAACACGCACCUGCUUCUGUUGCUCUCCAACCUCAAGAACUUGUUGCUGCAGUUGCACCGGCCUUGUCUCAACCUGUUGCCAGCGCGCCCCCCUCGAGACGUAGCAGUUUGUUGAGCAGCAUUCCUGGACUUCCAGUGCAACCUUCCGUUGGACUUUCCAGGCCUCAAGUUGCACGCAGUGGUUCCAGAACGCCGAGAACGCCGAGAUCUCAGUUGCCCCGCAGCAGACCUGAAGCUGCUGCAAGCCAAGCUCCUAGUGAAGCUGAAGUUGUGGAUGAGAGUCGCAAGCGCGCCUCUGAUGUUCCAGUUGAACGCCUUCAAGAUGCUGAAGGCAACCCGCCUCCUGAAGCACCUGGAGAAUCCCAUGAAACCUUGAAGGUUUCCACAGUUUCAGACAGCCUGAAUGACUAUGAGCACCCGCUCAAGCAGAUCGUGCGAUUGGCCGAGGAGGACAAGAAGCAGCCGUUGGAGCAUGCCCCCGAUGAUCAUGGUUCUUGGGAUGGUCGUUGGCCGCCGCCAAGCAGAUCUGAAUGGAUGGCUCAUGAGCACUAUGGUAUUCCCUGGCCUUCUGGAAGUGCUGAAGUGAAUGCGGUGCAGACCGCGAGAAAAGAAUACAAAUGGCCUGAGAUGAAUGAAAGCUACAAGGAAAGUUUCCGCCUUGCAGCUGCUGAUGGCUGGCGAGUUUGGGUUGACAAUUCAGCUGUCGAAGUUCUUUCGCCAAAAGAAGCCCGAGAGAUUCGCCAGCGACUGAAACUCCGUGGCGAAGGCCACAAGAUCCUGACACCGAGGUUCGUCUUCACAGACAAGCACGACGGACUUCGCACCUCAACCAAUAACCUUGGAUUGAAAGCCUCUGCAAGAUUAGUGGUUCCCGGAUACCGUGACCUGACAGCUCAUGUUUUGCGAAAAGACGCCCCGACGUGUUCAAGGGUGAGUUUCCACUUGCUGUUAGUUUUCACAAGUUCCCGGAGAUGGAUUUUGCUGAGCGCUGACGUGAAGUCAGCUUUCUUGAAAGGAGAAGAGUUUGCCCCAGGUGAGAGAGAACUUUACCUGGGCCAGAUCAAAGUCAAAGAUGGCGAUGAGCGAUGGUACCUUCGUCUUCACAAAUCCUUGACGAAGUUGGGUUGGCAGAGAUCUUCACUGGAUGCUGCGAUGUGGUUUCUUUGGAGUGAUGAUGGUAAAACUAUGGAAGGCAUCGUGGUGAGCCAUGUGGAUGAUUUGCUGAUGGGUGGAAGCCCGGUGGCGAUUGCUUCUUUGGAAGCACUCGGCAGAGAACUGGGAUUUGGUUCGUUGGAACGUGGAUCCUUUGUGUACUGCGGCAAGCGCAUCACACAACAUGCUGACCACUCCAUCUCCAUUGACAUGAAGGAGUACCAUGAGAACCUGGCGCCUGCAGUUGUUCCUAUGCACCGGCGCCGCACUCCUGAUGCUCCGCUGACUCCAGAUGAGCAGAAGAAACUCAGAGCUUUGUUAGGAAGUUUGCAAUGGUUGGUUUCCCAACUUAGGGCUGAUUUAGGUUUUCAGUUGUCCACCUUACAAGGGGAUAAACAAGUUGUGGGGACGUUACUCAAAGCAAACUCGCUUGUUCGCCAAGCAAAACUGCAAUCUGAUUUCGCGCUCCGCUACGUUCCUCAAGACCUUGCACGGUGUGGGCUGAUGGUUGUGACCGACGCCUCUCUGGGGAAUGUGACGAAGGCUGGAAGCAGUGAAGGAGAGUUGGUGGAAAGAGUUUUCAGCCAGGCGACCUACGUCAUUUUGCUGGCUGAUGAACAGUUGAUGGAAGGAAAGCCUGGUCGAUUCAACCUGAUCGACGCCAGAAGCCACAGACUUGGAAGAGUCUGCAGAUCAACCUUCGGCGCAGAACUCCUUGCGUCUGAGGAAGGUUUGGAUGCCGGACAUUUCUGCAGAGGAGCCUUUGCUGAGAUGUUGGGCUACCCCAUGGAAAAGCCGUUUGCCGAGCAGAGCAUGGACUUGAUCCCUUUGCAGAUGGUGACCGAUGCAAAAGACAACUAUGACAAGUGCAACAGUGACACUCCGACGUAUGGAAGUCAGAAAAGCCUUGCAUUCACCAUAGCUUGGAUCCGCAGCAUGCUACGCCGAGACUCCACCAUGAUGAAGUGGACCGCCACCGACAACAUGUUCGUGGAUGGAGGCACGAAGCUGAUGAAACUGGAUCACAUGGCCCGGAUUUUGCAAUCCAAUGAGUGGUGUGUAACAUUUUCCCCUGGCUUUGUAAAGCAGACAGUCAAGAAACCGACUAAGACAGCCAGUAGCUUAGAUAGCUUAGUCUUAGGCCGAGCCGUAGAUGCAAGCAACCCAAUGUUUGGCCAUUUGCUGGGCCUUAGCGAAUUGGUAGGUUGGCACAACAAAGGUGCCUACAAAGUGCACGUGGCAAAGAAUGCACGUUCGUAUAGAACUCCAGAGCCGAGAUUUGAAGCCUCAAAGUACCCGCACAGAAGUACUUUUGGCAAAUUCGUUGAUCCCAACGGCCACGCAGAAUGGCGACAGUUGGAAGAUCGGAAGGCCUAUGUUGGUUUGCCCAAUCGACAUGAGGCACUAGGAAGCGUUGCCAACACACUGAUUACAGUGUUCAUGCCCUGGGUUCUUCAGCAACAAGAAAAUAUACCAGCUGAGAAAGAUUGA